AUGAAGUUUGCUACCAUUGUCCUUGCCUCUGUGGUUGCUGCCACUGCUGCGAUUGACCAGCCUAUGGUUGAAUCUCCUGUUGUCUGGGAGGUCGAAGCCUUCAAAGAUGGCCCGACUCUGAAGCUUGAGGGCACUAUUCAAGAGGUCCAUAAGCAGUUGGUGGAAAUCAACCACAACUAUGACACAGACUUCAACCUUGGCGCUGCCAGCGACAAGGCUGCUCGUGACUUGAGUAAGCGAACCGACUUUAGCCAUUCGCACACCAUCUGCGGCAACUUUCCCGGCACCACAGUUGACCACCUUGGCCAAGGCAUCAGCUACCUUCGUGGAGUGGGUGGACGUCCAUCGAUGGGCGGCCGAGGAACCUGCGGCCGCGUGAGCUGCUCUUACAACACCGCUAUCUGGUGGUGCAAUGACGAUGCUGGUGUGAAGACGCUCGCCAGCUUUGGCUCUAUUGCUGAUGGUGCGCAGUGGGUUUGGAACAAGUGCGCUGGCCGUCUUGAUAAGGGACUUGCCCAGGGCCAGGUCUCGGGCCAAGCAUUCCAUCCUACCAACUGGAACGUUAUUGUACGCAAGGACAAGUGUUAG